UCCCGCAGCGGCAGGAGGAGGAGGUUGCUUGAGGGGAUUAUGGAAAUACUGAGGAAUAUCGCUAAUCAACCAAGCAGCGGGGGCAAGAUGUGCGAGCAGACUUUGGGCAAAGUGUGUGACACCAACAGGAGGUGGAAGGUGCCGGCCGAUGGGGAACCCAUUCAUCACAGCUGCUCCGCCUCUGACGUGUCCAGGAUUGUCACCGACCCCGGCACCGGGAGGCGCUACUGCAGGGGCAAAGUGCUGGGCAAGGGUGGAUUUGCGAAAUGCUAUGAAAUGACAGAUUUGACAACAAACAAGAUAUAUGCUGCUAAAAUCAUCCCACACAGCAGAGUAUCCAAGCCUCACCAAAGGGAAAAGAUUGACAAAGAGAUUGAAUUGCACAGAACGCUGCAUCACAGGCACGUCGUACAGUUCUACCACUAUUUUGAAGACAAAGAGAACAUCUACAUCUUAUUGGAGUACUGCAGUCGGCGGUCCAUGGCCCACAUUCUGAAGACCAGGAAAGUGUUGACAGACCCUGAAGUGAGAUACUACCUCAAGCAAAUUGUCUCUGGUCUGAAAUAUCUCCAUGAGCAAGAGAUUCUCCACCGGGAUUUAAAAUUAGGAAAUUUUUUCAUUAAUGAGAAUAUGGAGCUGAAAGUGGGUGACUUUGGCCUUGCAGCCAGACUGGAACCUCUGGAACAGAGAAGAAGAACAAUUUGUGGCACGCCGAAUUACCUCUCCCCCGAAGUGCUGAACAAACAAGGGCACGGCUGUGAAUCAGACAUCUGGGCAUUGGGAUGUGUAAUGUAUACAAUGCUGCUUGGGAGACCGCCAUUUGAAACCACCAAUCUUAAAGAAACCUACAGGUGUAUUCGGGAAGCCAGAUAUUCCCUGCCUUCAUCAUUGAUGACUUCUGCAAAGCAUCUCAUAGCAAGCAUGUUAUCCAGGAAUCCCGAGGACAGGCCCCAUCUAGAUGAAAUUAUGCAACACGACUUUUUCACACAGGGUUUCACCCCAGAGCGACUGCCACUUACCUGCUGCCACACGGCUCCCGAUUUUCACUUAUCAAGCCCCGCUAAGAAUUUUUUUAAAAAGGCAGCCGCAGCUCUGUUUGGAGGGAAGAAAGAAAAGUCAAAGUAUUUGGAUAAUCACAAUAAGCAGCCAAAGGAAGAUGAGGAAAUAUACAAGCUGAGGCAGGACCUACAGAAAACCUCCAUUUCUCAUCAGCUGCACAAUCCCAGAACAGAUGAGGAGAUCAAAAACAUCUCCAAAUCAGAUGUUCUCAUGGAGAAAGCUGACAAACAGCAUAUGGGAGAUACCAUUCACAUGAUUGUUAGAGGGACACUUGGAAGCUGCAGUAGCAGCAGUGAAUGUCUUGAAGACAGCACAAUGGGAACUGUGGCAGAUACUGUAGCUCGAGUUCUAAGAGGCUGUCUAAAAAAUAUGCCUGAAGCUAAUGCUAUCCCUAAAGAACAGAUAGACACAUCCUUUCACUGGGUUUCCAAAUGGGUGGACUACUCCAACAAGUACGGCUUUGGUUACCAGCUGUCGGAUCAUACAGUUGGUGUACUGUUCAACAACGGAGCGCACAUGAGUUUGCUGCCAGACAAAAAGACUGUGCAUUAUUAUGCUGAGCUUGGACAGUGCUCUGUGUUUCCUGCCACGGAGGCCCCUGAGCAGUUCAUCAGUCAAGUCACCGUUUUGAAGUACUUCUCCCAUUACAUGGAAGAGAAUCUGAUGGAUGGAGGUGACUUGCCCAGUGUAACAGAUGUUUGCCGGCCUAGGCUGUAUCUCCUUCAGUGGCUUAAAUCUGACAAGGCUCUUAUGAUGCUCUUCAACGAUGGCACAUUUCAGGUCAACUUUUACCAUGAUCACACGAAAAUCAUUAUCGCAAACCAAAAUGAUGAAUAUUUGCUAACUUAUAUCAACGAGGACAGAGUGUCUACAACAUUCCGCUUGAGCACCCUUCUGAUAUCCGGUGGCUCCAGUGAUCUGAAGAACAGAAUGGAAUAUGCAUUGAACAUGUUGCUACAACGAUGCAAUUAAGUUGCCCGAGGGCUCCUUGAAAUCUAAAGAAGACUCGUCCUUCACUGUGUGAAACAGAGAGAGAAAAACGAAGCUGUAGAAUGUCGUGUGUUGGAAACAGGAGGUGGUACGAAAAGAAAUUCCAACGUAGUGCUCCUGGGCUGGGACCAGACUGUGGCUCUAUUUAUUCUACUUUGUUGGAUAUUUUUCAAGAAAAUCUCCUCAAAGGUGUGAACUUGAUUGUGGAAGAGAAAUGGAAAAGCGCCAGUACUGUGAAAGCUUAUGGACCGAAUGAUCCAAAUCCGACAAAGUGGGGUGAUGUUAUGUUUUGCUCCAUUGGGAGCACUCUUCUGCAGGACUUGUACUGUGAACAUUAAGGUUCCCACAUGGAUGCAUUAGCCUUUUUUUAAAAGGGCAAAUAGAAACUGUGGAAUCUCAAUUAUCAAUGCAGCUGUUAGCUGCCUAACUGUGAACUAUGGCCAUUUUGUAAUUAUUUCCGUUUAAUACCCACAUUUGUGGCUGGACAAGUGCAUUCCUAGUUAUUACAAUUAUUUAUUACAGCCCAAAUUGAAGUAUUAUUUAUGAUUUUGGUUUUUUUGGACUUAAUAUUUUAAGUAUCUUCUUUAUGGCAAUAAAGAAAAGUUCAAACGUU